AUGGAAUCAGAUACACAAAAUCCACUUGAACUCUUUCGUGAAUAUAAUUUACACAAAAAAUCUAUUCAACUUCUUGAUUCAAACCAUAAUCCAGUUACCAAUAUUAAAGAUGCCGCUUUUAUACAAUUUGAUCAAAAUGUUUUUCCGAAAGAUAUGACUACAACCUUUAUGAAUUUUGCCUCAGCAGAAUAUUAUAAACUUGAUAUCCUUUAUCAUGGCCUGAUCACUAAAAAAUAUCAAUUUGACAAGUACAAUGAAGACAUAUCCAGCAUUCAACUUUCAGGUCGUUUAACUUACAUUGACCGUCAGAAAUGGGUAAACUAUUUAAAUGGUCACUCUGCCUCUUUAAAUGAUAAAGAUAUGCGUAGAGAAUCUCAUUCAAGACAUGCUGAAAAACGUCGAAUUACUGAUGACGGAGAAAAAUCUAACAGAAGAAAAAAACAAAAAAACAUAUCGAAAGAUUCGGAUUGGUUUGACCAAACUUUUAAACCUGCUACAUAUGAUAUGAUGUAUUCUUACUCUUCCUCUGACAGCGAUUCAGAAUAUUAUGAGGAAGACGAAAUAAUUGAUUUGGAAGAAGAAUCUGGUGUAGCUAAUGAAGAAUCUGCUGCAAUAAUCUUUUUAAAAGGAAAAAGUCACGAUAUAAGUUUACAUGACAAUAGAAAUUCACAUUCUAUUCCUAGAGCAGCAAAUCGUUCUAUGCAAAAAUCCUUUGAUAAAAACUUAUUGGUCCCAUUGAUACUUGUUCCAUCUGCUCCCAGUUCUUUUAUAAAUAUGUUUAAUGUAAAAGAUUUACUUCAGGAUGUAAGGUAG